AUGCACUCUAACAAUUACAAAUCUAACUUAAAGAACGAUUUCAACGAAUAUUAUUCUGGCCAAUUGAAUUCUUCGCUUCCCAGAUUUCAACUGAUGAAGGAAUUGUGUAAGGAUGGGAAACAGGUGCAUGAAUUCAUUCCAUUCGUUCGAGAACGGGAUCAGAUGAAUCGUUUGGUUCGCAUCAAUUCAGAGAAGCAUAAAUUGCACACCAACACUUCCAGAUCCCCAUCCAAUAGAAAUCGCACUCCUGAUCAAUUUUGGCAAUACAACAAAAAUCACAUCAUCCCAGAGAAGAGAAAAAAGAUGAGCUUCAAAUUCAAUUAUUAAAUCAAAAUUGACCACAAAAGUGAGCAACUCCUCAAGCCUCUCACUCCUCAAUAGGGCUCUGUCGAUACUUCACAGUCGAAAACGGAAAGAACUUUAAUUUACCCUCCCAUUGAAACAAAAAAGAGAAAGAAUAACCAAUUUAUUAAUCCUAAUGUAAGUGCACGGCAGAGUGAGGAACCGAGGAAGCAGCAGAUGAAGAUUCCGCUGGAGAUCCUGUAGCCCUACAUAAACCAAGAGAUGGAACAGAUGAAACAAGAUCUCUUUUUCAAAGUAGAUUAAGAUUAUCAAUUCCCCAGUGAUUUGACUGAGAAAUUGAUGCAACAAAAAAAGUAAUUAUCGAAUAUUAAUUGUCUUUCUUAAGACACAUAGAGAAUCUGAGAAAACGACUCAGGGAGUGGGGUGAAAUGAAAACUGAAGAAGAUAUUGAAGAUUUGAAACAGCAUGCUAAAUUCAUACUUUCUAAGAAUUCUUGA